CGGGGAGAGGCGAUCGUGGAGGGUGCGCGGGUCCCGUCGCGUCGCCAAGGUGGCCAACUUAGACCAUUUGGGGAUGAAGCGAGGAGAAGGAGGAGGAGGAGAGAGUGACCAAGACUCAUCCGAGGAAGGUACUGCAGAGAACUCCAAGAAACGGAGGACUGCAAACGAGCACUCUCAGGCUUACGACUGGGGCAGUCUCCUUCAGGACAUCAUCCUGCAUGUCUUCAAGUACCUGCCCCUUCUCGACCGGGCGCAUGCGUCCCAAGUUUGCCGCAGCUGGAACCAGGUCUUUCACAUGCCGGACCUGUGGAGGUGUUUCGAGUUUGAGCUGAAUCAACCAGCUACGUCGUAUUUGAAAGCUACACAUCCAGAGCUGAUCAAACAGAUCAUUAAAAGACAUUCAAACCAUCUGCAGUAUGUCAGCUUCAAGGUGGACAGCAGCAAAGAAUCAGCUGAAGCAGCUUGCGACAUAUUAUCCCAACUUGUAAAUUGCUCUUUAAAGACACUUGGACUUAUCUCAACUGCGCGGCCAAGCUUUAUGGAUUUGCCAAAGUCUCACUUUAUCUCUGCACUGACGGUUGUGUUUGUAAACUCCAAAUCCCUGUCCUCGCUUAAGAUAGACGAUACCCCAGUAGAUGAUCCAUCCCUCAAAGUGCUAGUGGCCAACAACAGUGACACGCUCAAGCUGCUGAAGAUGAGCAGCUGUCCCCAUGUCUCUCCAGCAGGCAUCCUUUGUGUGGCUGACCAGUGCCAUGGCCUGCGUGAACUGGCCCUCAACUAUCACUUGCUCAGUGAUGAGUUGCUACUUGCUUUGUCUUCUGAAAAGCAUGUCCGAUUAGAACAUUUGCGCAUUGAUGUCGUCAGUGAGAAUCCCGGACAGACACACUUCCAUACCAUUCAGAAGAGCAGCUGGGAUGCUUUCAUCAGACACUCCCCCAAAGUGAACUUAGUGAUGUAUUUCUUUCUGUAUGAAGAAGAAUUUGACCCAUUCUUUCGUUAUGAAAUUCCUGCCACCCACCUUUACUUUGGGAGGUCAGUAAGCAAAGAUGUGCUUGGCCGGGUGGGAAUGACAUGCCCUAGACUGGUUGAACUAGUCGUGUGUGCCAAUGGGUUACGGCCGCUUGAUGAAGAGUUGAUUCGCAUUGCAGAGCGUUGUCAAAACCUGUCAGCGAUUGGACUGGGGGAAUGCGAGGUCUCCUGCAGUGCCUUUGUUGAGUUUGUGAAGAUGUGUGGUGGCCGCCUGUCUCAGUUAUCUAUUAUGGAAGAAGUCUUGAUUCCUGACCAGAAGUACAGUGUGGAGCAGAUUCACUGGGAAGUGUCCAAGCAUCUUGGUCGGGUUUGGUUUCCAGAUAUGAUGCCCACAUGGUAGAGAGCACAGAUGUAAGGCAGGAUGGAGAGUAGCACCUUAACUUUAAGCAGACAGUGUUACGAUGAAAGAUUCAUUUGUUGUCGUUCUGAUGUACUUCUGCUCUGUGGCACGGAACUUUGAUACUUAACCGAGAGUAUACAUGGAUUGUUUAUUGGAAGACUCUCAGACCAGUUUAGGUCAGAAAGAUCCAGGUGUUUUUUAGCCUAAUAGCAAUCAAAUUUCAAAGGCGGGCGGGGGCGGGAGGUGAAGUAUUAAAGUAAUGAUAAAUUUAAAAUAUUAAGCAUUUUAAGUUCGAAGGAACCAAUACUUAACACAUUAAAAUAUUCAAGAAGUGAGUGUGGAUAGGUUUUCCAAAAUGUUAUGUUCUCUAUGCAUUUUUAAAAAAUGUAAACUAGACAUUUUAGGGACUUCAGUUACACAUACACCUGUUAUAAGGUGUUUAAUAUAGCUCAGGAAAGUGAGCAUUUUGUGAGAAAAAUGUAAGAUAUGUUGUAGCUCAUGAAAAAAGAUUGGUUGAAUGUUCUGUUAAAAAUUGUUUAAAGAAAAAGGUAUGUAGGAGGGAGUUGCCACAAACUUAUAGAAAAAUUCCAUUAGCUGUUAAUUCUGUUUUUCCAUGAACUUUCUGAAUCUCCCUCAUGUAAGUAAAGGAGAUACUCAGAACUCUGGGGCCUGGUGUACAGUAAUGGCUAUUUCAUCAAGGUAACAACAGAGCCAAGAUCAAAUUAGAAAACACACAGUGGAAGGGGGCAGUUUAGCUAGGUCUAAAGCGUGAGGUUUGCUCUGUAAUCUGACCAUCUAAUUCCCUUCUGUUCUAUGUGAGCUUGUAUGUGGGACUUGAAACACUUACGUGAAAAGUAUGGAAUGGUUGGUCAUCUCUUGACUUUAUCUGCCUAAACUAUGUUUUGAAGUUAUUAUAGGAUCAUCAGAAUGGAUUGCUUAUCUAUUUUUUUUAAAAAGCCAAAUUGAAAUAAAGGCAGAACUUCUAAAUGUUUGUAAAUUAUUUCUGUGAAAGAAUAUUAGUCUCCAUUGAGUUUUAGAAGGCUCAGUUUUCCAGUUUGGAAUUGUGUUAUAUAAGCAGAAUUCCUAAGAAUAAUAAAAAACUCAUCAAAGUACAGUUUGUCAUACACAAUGCCUAUAAAAGAAGAGAUAUUUUUGAGCAAGUACUGUUGAGUGCACUGGAAAAUGCAGAGGAAAAUGUCAUGAAAUUCUGUGAUUAAUUUGGUUAAACUACUUUAUGUCAUUUAUGUUCCAUAGCAUUUUAAAUUACUUCCAUGAAUAAAGCUAAUCCAUGCAUUGUAGAAUCUGUAAAAAAUGCCGAGUGUGGGGAGGGAUACAUUUAGUUUCUCUCCAGAUAUUACACACCUUUGACUGGGUGGUAGUGCAAGUAGAGAAUAACUCCCAACGGGACUUGGAAGCAGUUUAUCCCCAGUGGGACCUAGUCAUAGUUGACAUGACUCUUCUCGGUAGUGUAACUCUGGGGAAGUAACUGGGCAGUUAGUUACAGAAGCACUCAGUCUCUCAGAUCUACUCUGGAGAUUCUAUUCUGUAGUCACAGGCAUUUGAAAAGGGAGAAAAAAGAACCAGACUUAAAGGUGAACAGCAAUUAUUGUUAUAGUUUCCUCUUACUAAAUAGAAUCUUUGAUUUUAGGAGAAAUACCCGUGUUAUUGGUUAAGCUGUUUUCCUUGAACAACCUGGAAAAUGAGCAUGGUUGUACAUAAUCCGUUCUAGCCAAAGCUGUACUUGGAAAUUUACUUUUUGUACAAAUGAAAUUAUAAAAUGUUUGAAGUACUUUCAAGUCAUUUUAUAAAUAAAAUGCAUAGUACUUAAUUUGUUUAUAAUGUAAAGUAAAUGUUAAAUGCCUUUAUCAAUUUGAGAAUAAAGAGUUACUUAUGCUGUUGUA